AUGUUUCUAUUGUUUCUCAUAUCAGCAGUAUCAGCAGCCACACUUAAUGGUGAUAUUGUGUCUCCGAGAGACCCUAAUGAAAAAAGAUAUUGGGAACAGCGCAAAACAACAAAAGUUAUAUUGGAUAACGGGGAAAAGUUCGCUUAUCCAGAUGCAAAUGGACACUUUAAAUUUUUUGGGGUAGAGGAUGGGACACAUAUAGUUGAGGUUUACGACGCUAUGUAUACCAUUAUUUCAUAAAAUUCUCAUAAAUCCCUAUUAUUUUUAUGAAAAAUCCCUUAUUUAUUUUAUAUAAAAUUUUAUGGAUAAAUUUCUAAAUUAUUAUACCCUACCAUAUCAUUUUAACCCAGUACUUGUAGAAGUAUCUGGCUCUAUUAUAACAGCACAAGACGGUGUCCCAACUGCACUGCGACAAGAAAGAGUCCCAUACCCUCUAAGAUUUACUGCUGAAAGAAGAAUCCACUAUUUUGAGACCAGAGAAGGGUUUUCUAUUGCCAGCAUUUUUUUAAACCCUAUGGUCUUGAUCGCCGUCGUCAUGAUUGGGCUGACUUUUUGUAUGCCGAAGAUGAAAUUAGACCCUGAACAGAUGAAAGAAAUGAAAGAAAUGCAAAAAACAAUGAACACAGGCUGGCUUGGGUCACUGAUGCAGCCACCUCAAGGAUUAAGCUAA